CAAGAGCUCCUAACUAAGAUUUUUUCUGCCUUUUACUCUAUACUUUCUUUUAUCCUCUGUUUGGCUGCUGCCCACUCUGCCAUUUGUCCACCUACAUGUUUGCAAAGAUCUGGUCACAACCACACAACCACGAAGCACUCCCUCCUGGGGAUCGAUAACCCGCACUGACCACGGCAUAUUUGCCCUUUGGACCCCAGGACAGUGUGGCAGUACACACCUUCUCUUCACACACUGUUGAAGAGUCUCUCUGCUCCUCGUUGCAACCUUUGACGGGUAACUUGGAGUCAGCAGACCAUCCAAAGGCUCAAGAGACUGCACACUGGGAGGCCUGGGUGGGUGAAUGCACUGAAGGAUGGCCGUGUUUUGGAAAACAAUGGCAGGUGGACUGCUGGUUAGUUUGAGCCUCGCUCUCCUGGGGUGGGGAGUUGAUGGGCAGGGGAAUGGACGGGGUAAGAAAGAAGUAUCAGGUGGGGCUACAGUCUACCUUGGCCAGGACAGACAACUCUGGAGGCCAAUGAUCUACACAACAGUGAACCUGAGUGAGAUCCGCAGUAUCAAGUCAUCCUUCCAAUUACGAACCUUUGACCCAGAAGGUGUCAUUUUCUACGGAGACACUAAAAACGGACAGGACUGGUUUGUUUUGUCCCUGAUGGACGGUAUCCCCUUGAUGCAGAUCAGCAGAGAAGACAUCCUUGUCAGUGUGGCAGGUGGCCCUAAGCUCAAUGAUGGAAAAUGGCACACACUGGAGGUGAGCCACCAAGAGAAGUUUGUGGUUCUAGAGGUGGACGGCUCCAAUAGGCUGGUAGUGGGCAUGCAAUCUAAACAGACACAGGAGAUCCUCGUAGGUGAACUCCGACUGGCUGUUGGCGGAAUCCUGAUCGACAAGGAAAAUAUGAUUGUUCAGUUUAAGCCGCAAAUGGACGGCUGUGUGCGGGAAGGCAGCUGGCUAAACCUCAACAUCCCCUGGGAGGCGGAGGUGGAGGAGCUGUGGCCCUGCUACCAAAACAUCCGACCUGGCAGCUACUUCGCUGGCACUGGAUUUGCCAUUUUCAACACCUCAGUUUUCCCCACAAAGGCAGAUCGUAUGGUCAAGACUGAAUUGUGGGGAGAUUUCAGUAAGAUGGAUGGGACCAUUUUGAGCAUUAAGGCUCCUGGGCAAGAGAUGAUCUUUGCUUUAGUGGCCAAUAAUAACACAAAGGAGGUCACACUCCUUUUUGGCGAAGAAAAACUCAGUAUGCAAAACAUUUUCAAGAGACUGGUGAUAACCUUUGAGACAGAUAAACUGCAAGUGUUUCAAGAUGAAGAUGAAUCAAAGACUACAACGUUUUCUAUCACAGGGAGCCACCCUGGUUAUUUGACCCCAUGGAGAGAGGGCAGGCUCGCCUUUGGAGGUCUCCUAGGUAAGGGGGAGGAGGACGUUGGUUCCCAGUUCUUGACAGGCUGUCUGGAGAAGAUCCAGGUCCAAGAGAGAGAUGUGGACCUGGAUUUAUCUGUCAAACCCAUGUCAAUCUCCUCUCACAGCUGCCCUGCAUAGACCAUGAAAGUAUGCAUGUCCAAUAUGUGGAUUCAAUGUUUUCAAUGGAUGCUUUUGGAUCCAAAUGAUGUAAAAAAUA